AUGGCAGAGAUUGGUAGUGCAGUGGCUGGCAGAGUGGCAGACUCGUUGUUUGAUGUGGCUAAAAAGGAGAUUGGUUACAUGUGGAAUUACACUCAGAAUGUUGAUACUUUGAAAAGAGCAUUGCAGGAUCUCAAAGGUAUGAGGGAGAGGGUUCAAGCGCAGAUAGAUAUAGCUAUCCGUAAAGGUGAUCGUCUCUUAGAGGGUGUCGAAAAGUGGAUGAAGGAUGCCGAUGAAGAAAUAUCCAAGGCUGAAGAAUUUGUUGAGCAAGAAGUGAAGGCUAAGAAGACGUGCUUCAAGAUAGCAAUGUGUGGUAAUUGGCACACUCUUCACCUUUACGGAAGAAGGGCAACAAAGAUGGCUCCUUCUCUUUUGCAGACACGAGUAAGCGGCAUGCCUUAUGAAAGUUGUGUUUCUGUUGAAACUCCUUCACCCGGACCACUAGAUGUUUAUCAAAACAAACAUCUUGAUGAUCUUCACACCCACAAUUCUGUUUUGGAGGAUAUCAUUAAGUCUCUUGAAGAUGAGAGCAUACAAAUCACUGGAAUCUAUGGUUUAGGUGGUGUUGGAAAAACCACACUUGCAAUGGAAGUUGCUGCAAGAGUAAAAAAGACUAAUCUCUUGUUUGCCGACGUUGCUUUUACAACAAUAUCACAAAAUGUAAAUGUUGAGAAGAUUAAAAAAGAUAUUGGGGAAGCAACGAAGCGAAUAAUGAAAGGGGAAAAGAUUUUAAUCAUAUUAGACGAUGUGUGGGAGAAACUAAAUUUGGAAGAAUUGUGUAUUCCAUGUGGAAAAAGUUACAUGAAUUGUAAAAUCUUAUUGACAUCUAGAAGUGAAAAAUUGUGCCAAAAAAUGAAUGCAAGGAGUAAAAUUUGUGUAAACUCGUUGCUAAUAGAUGAGGCAUGGAUAUUUUUAAAACGUGUGGUUGGUGAAAGAUUGGAGACAGAUUCCAAUUUGAAACCGGUUGCAUUGAAGGUUGUUAAAGAAUGUGGCGGAUUGCCACUACUUAUUCAAGCCGUAGGAAAUGCUUUGAAAAAUGAAAGCACUGAAUCAUGGGAAUCGGCUCUUACUCAAUUACAGAAACAUGCACCAUUGGAUAUCGAUGAUGAGAUACGGAAAUCAUUUACCCAUUUGAAGCUAAGCUAUGACUAUCUUAAAAGUGAAGAAGCCAAGUCAUGCUUCUUGCUCUGUAGUUUGUGGGCUGAAGACGAAACUAUAUUCUUGGAGGACUUGGUGGUUUAUGGGGUAGGUUUAGAAAAGUUUGAUAACCUCGAUAGCAUAGAGGAUGCAAGAAGCAAGGUUCAAAAUGCAGUGAAUAUCCUCAUUUCUUCUGGCUUGUUAUUGAAUUGCAAAACGAAAAAAUGGACCAAAAUGCAUGAUGUUGUUCGUGAUGUGGCAUUGUUAAUUGCAUCAGAAGGCAAUAAUAAAUUUAUGGUGAAAGCUGGGCAUGGUUUAACUGAAUGGCUACCAAGAAACAAAAGCUUAGAAAGCUACACUGGCAUUUCACUCAAACGUAAUCGCAUCAUCAAGCUUCCUAACUAUAAGGUAAACUUACCACACCUUGAGAUUUUCACUAUAGAUGACAAUCAUAAUUUGUCAAUGAUUUCUGAUGAAUUCAUUAUGUGCAUGAAAAAUGUAAAGGUUUUGGAUAUGGCAUGGAAUGAUAUCUCAUCCUUGCCACAAUCAUUUCAACUUCUCACAAAAUUGCGUACGCUUGAUCUUCGUGGAAAUAAAUCUUUCCAUGAAAUUUCAAUACUUGGGAAGUUAAAUGACCUUGAGAUUUUAAUUCUAAAUGAAACAGGAAUCACUGAAAUACCUAAAGAUAUUGCCCAAUUAGUAAACUUGAGGGUGCUUGCAGUUAGGGAUUGUAAGGGUCUAUCUUGCAUAGCACAGGGUGUUAUAUUAGCGCUGUGGAGAUUGGAAGAAUUAUUCAUUGACCUUAGCCAUAUGAGUGAAGAAGUUAAUGGUUGUGUUGUUGAGAUUAUGAAGUUGUCGAAGCUCAUAUGUUUGGAUAUAACAGUGAAAAGUCUUGACCUUUUUCCCGAAGGUUUUAAUUUAGAAAAUCUCAAAGUAUUUGUGAUUCAAAUCGGAGAUUUCUUUCGAAGAUAUGAACACGGUAAUAUUUGGGAUGAACCCAGGAUGUUAGAUUGUUUUCUAUAUAUUUCAACCGAACAUCUUGGGAAUUCAGUGGUGAAGUGGUUAAAGAAACUGAUUGAAGGAAGACGUCCUAACACAAUUCUAUUUAGAAUUAAAAAUUUGAAAAAUAUCAUACCUACCUUGUAUCAUCAAGGUUUUAGCAAAUUAGGCCAUAUUAAGUUAAAUAGAUGCCCUAAUGUGUCAUGCUUAGUGGAUGAUGUUACAAGUUGUGAUAUAGAUGGAAGGAAUAUAGAGAAGUUUUUCAAGGAACUAAAACACCUUCAAUUAUGUGAUCUAGAUAAUUUGGAGGUGUUAUGGAAAUGCCCAGAUAAAAAUACAAGUCUUACUAACCUAGUGUCAAUCUACAUCGAUGAUUGUCCUAAGUUAGAAAGAGUAUUCACAGUGCUUGUAGCACAAAGCCUUGUCAAUCUCAAGGAAUUGGAAAUUCACUCUUGUUCAGGUCUAGAAGAAGUGAUUUGGGAUGGGAGUGGUGGAAGUGGAGAUAAUGAAUUUGGAAAUGUUAUUGUGUUCCCUUCCCUAGCCGAGAUACAUUUUGAUGACUUAGACGAACUCAAAAGGUUCUUCAACUCAGCUGAGAACUAUUGCAUCGAAUAUCCAUCUUUGGUGGAAGUUAAAAUAGACGGCUGUGAGAUGAUGGGAACAUGGGGACCCGGAAUCCAUAAAACACCCAAACUCAAAACAUUGAUACGAGAUGAUAAUGUGCAAUUAGUCGAUGGACAUUGUGCCAUAAAUGAAGCUCUCGCCAAAUCAUGCAGAAUGUGGAGGUAG